AGCCCGUCGCAUCACAGGGUUCGCGAACCUGGACUUGCAGGAGAUACCCGCCGCGACGAGGGCACACUGGGUGGGAGUGGGGUGGAGAGGAGGAGGAGAUGACCUUCGCCGUCGCGCCGCUGCCAGUGGCGCCGCCGAUUCCGCCGCCUUCAGUCGCGGUGGCAUGGAGACCGCGCUCAAGGCUAGCUCCUCCGCGGUUCGUCUUGGCGGUGUCUAGCAGGGACGGCGAACCGGCCCCGCCGGCUUUCGGGCGGCUGCGGGAGGAGCUCCUCCAGCUCCACAAGGAAGCCGACCUCACCCAGUCCAAAGCAAAUAGCACGAGGGUAAGGCUUGUCCGAUUGACCGAGGCUGCUGAGAAUCUUAAGAAAAGAGCUGCAACCAGUGUCCGAAUGGGCAAAGAGAAUGAGGCUGUGGAUUCACUUGUGCAAAAGAAGAAGUUGAUCAAAGCCCUGGAGAAUAUUAAGGAGCGUAUUGAGGUUCUUGACAAGCUUUCGGCAAAGAUAAGUGAGGCAAUUUCGAUGAAGCAGAGCAUGUUAAUCGAGUACGCGUUGCGUCCAGAUACGUCCAAUGGUGAAAACUCGGAUGACAAGAUAAGGGUUUUCUCCAGUAAAGUCAAUGAUGGGGCCGAUGGGGCUGAGAGUAGUGGUUCUCUUCCAAAUUCAGCUGAAAAGGAAUCUUUUGAGAUCAGAAAUGAGGUACAUGCAAACAUGGCUGACCGCCCUGAGCAAAGUGAACUUCAGAUGGACGGUAGCUUCACAUUUCUCAAUGAUCAUGAUCCAACAAACAGCAUAAACAAGCAUUCUGGAUAUGAUGGUUUUAUAGCGCAUAUUGAUUUACAGCUGAAAUCAUUAGAGUAUGAAAUUGAACAGUUCAUGAGUACCCAAUUAGUAGAAGAGGCAGGCAACGAGAAGCAGAUAAAUGGCAAGUGGCACAGAUUAUCUGGCAUACUGAAGCUUGUAAAGGAAACUAGAGAAAGGUGAGCCUUUGUUGGGAAACCUGAUAAACUCAAAGCAUGACUGCAAGGAUUUUGGAUAAGACAGUAAAAGAGGUUGGAUCUGAAGACCUGAGCUGAUAGCAAACAAAACAUUGAAUUGGUGGCAUCCAACCCUGUAUCUUCCAUGGGUAUCCAAGUUGACAAUGGCUUAUCAGUAUUCUUAUCUUGCCAGUUGGUUCCCCCCCUUGAAGGUAAUGCCCUAUUCUGCAGGACUCCAUUCUACAACCAGGGGGAUUACCUUCUUUUCUGGACGGAAACAUAUCGAUCUGUUACUGUGCUGAGAUCUUAUUGCCGGUGAUGGAGAUAUAGAUCACGCCGACUGAAAGCUCCUCAAGCUGAAGAUCUUGACUGAAGGAACUUGGCAGCUGGUCAUCCCCGUCGCUGUGAUUGGUAUUUAUGUGGAUAUGUACCUUGAUUGAAGGGACCUUGUUCCAGUGCAUAUGUACCUGCGUGCAUACAUCUGAAGAGAAGGCUGUAGGCAAAAUCGUACUACCCUAUCUAUAUGUUUUUCCGAAAAAAUUAAAAGACAAGCAAUUUUCUUCCUGACAAAUGCAGAUGAUGAGUUUUCAUCGUAUGUAUGUGUAUCCAGUUUCCAACAUGUAUGUAGCUUGAACAUCUCAUCGAGUACCAACUGAUGAAAAUCAAAUUAAAGAAAGUCAUGGGCCUCGUAAGGAA